AUGCCCCCGUCGAGCCCCCUGCUGCCUGCCUGCCUGCGCCUGUGGCUCUUCCUCCAGCUCCCUUUGCUGGGCUCUGGGCUGCCCCUGGCCUUCCGCGUGCAGGAGGAGCCGCCGCCCGGCACCCUCCUGGGCGGCCGGGCGGCUGACCACGGCUUCCCAGGCAGGGGGCGCCUGUAUACACUGGAGGUGGGCGCCCCCGACCUGCGUGUGGAUGGCGAGACGGGCGACCUCGACACCGCCGAGGCCGUGAUGGAGCGGGACGCGAGCAACAAUGCUUCGGCCACUGAGAUCCGUGAUAAAAUAUUUCAGGACAUUGAUGAACAUCAGAAUGAGUACGUGCAGAGACUCAAAGACUGGGUGGCCAUUGAAAGCGAUUCCAGCGACCCUCUGAAGAGGCACCUGCUGAUAAACAUGAUGCACGUAGCAGAAGAACGGAUUAAACAGUUGGGAGGAAAGGUUGAGUUGGUGGACCUGGGGGUGCAAGAAUUACCCAAUGGAAAUACAACUCGCUUGCCCCCCGUCAUUCUGGCAAACAUUGGAAACGACCCCCAAAAGCCUACUGUUUGCUUUUACGGUCAUCUGGAUGUUCAACCAGCCAAAUUAGAGGAUGGAUGGUCAACAGAGCCAUAUAUUUUGACAGAAAGAAAUGGUGGUCUGUAUGGACGCGGCACCUCUGAUGACAAAGGGCAGGUUCUGGCUGUACUGAACGCAGUAGGAGCACUUCAAAGACAUCAGGAACUCCCUGUGAAUGUAAAGUUUCUGCUGGAAGGCAUGGAGGAAGUGGGAUCCAAUGGGCUGUUCGAACUGGUGGAGCAGAGGAACGGUACCUUUUUUUCAGAUGUCAACUACAUUAUAGUCACGGAUACCUCGUGGGCCAGCAACAAGCCCGGUAUUACAUACGGAACAAGGGGGAACUGCUACUUCUUUGUUGAGGUGGAAUGCGCAAAACAAGACUUGCAUUCAGGGACUUUUGGGGGCGUAAUUCAUGAAGCAACUAAUGACUUGAUAUAUUUGCUGAGUACCCUUGUUAAUUCCUCUGGGCAUAUUCUGAUCCCUGGAAUCUAUGAAGCUGUUGCUCCUCUUACAGAAAAAGAAAAGGGACUCUAUGAAAAAACUGAAUUUAAUGUUGAGAAGAUAAAGGCCAAAUUUGGAAUAAAGAACUUUACGUAUAACACUAAAGAAGAAAUAUUAAUGCAUCGCUCACGUUACCCAUCUUUGUCUAUCCACGGAAUUGAAGGAGCUUUCUCUGCAUCCGGAACGAAGACUGUAAUUCCUGCAAAAGUAACUGGGAAAUUUUCAGUACGUAUUGUUCCUAACAUGGAACCCACAGUAGUGAUAAAACAGGUGAUUGAUUAUUUGAAGAAGAAAUUUGCUGAAUGGAACAGUCCCAACCACAUGGAAAUAACUGCUGUAAUAGCAGCUAAGCCAUGGAUUUCUGACACAGAUGAACCACUGUAUUUGGCUGGAAGAAGAGCAAUAAAAAAAGUAUUUCAGGUUGAGGCUGACUUGAUCCGUACAGGUGGAACAAUUCCAAUUGGUUCACAUUUCCAGGAGAUAACUGGAAAGAAAAUAAUGUUUCUAGGAAUAGGAGGGCCAGAUGAUGGUCCCCAUGGUCAGAAUGAAAAGAUCAACAGGUUGAAUUUCAUUGAGGGAACCAAACUCUAUGCUGCCUUACUUCAAGAACUUGCUUCAUUCUAGAAAAAAAUGGCAUGGCCAU